UGCUAGCGCUUUUGGAACGGUCAAAGCUAUGAUAGCUUUCCAAAACUCUAAAAUUCCGCCGAAUAUCAACAUAACCUCGCCGAUUCCUGAGUUGACGUCCAGAGGAAUCAAGGUUGUAACCGAAGAAACUCCGUUCAAUGGAGAAUUGAUUGGUAUUAACUCAAUUGGUCAGUUUGGGAACUUUGGACACAUGUUACUGAAGGCGAAUGCCAAGAAAUCCUCAACAAUGCAAAUUGAAGAAUCGCUGCCCCAAAUGGUACUCCUGUCCUCCCGCACAGAGUCAGGGAUAGAAGAAAUCAAAAAACAAAUAAGAAAUACGAAAAUUACCCCAGAAUUUGCCGCUUUGGUGAAUGGAGUGUUCAGCCAGGAAGUGCAAAAUCACAUGUACAGAUGUUACGCCAUUGUGCCACCAGAUAGCGCCAAAAUCACAAUCAAAUCUGAGAGAGCAGAUGGGGGCCAGAGGCCAAUCUGGUGGGUGUUCUCGGGGAUGGGCUCCCAAUGGACCGCUAUGGGUGCUCACCUGAUGCAUAUACCUAUCUUUCACGAUGUCAUCAACAGGUGUGACAAAGUUCUUGCACCCCUAGGCGUGGACAUCAUACGUGUUCUGACCUCGGCUGAUGAAAGCAUCUUUGAUAAUAUUUUGAACGCAUUCGUUGGUAUUACUGCUUGUCAGAUAGGGUUGGUUGAAAUAUUAAGAGAAUUGAAGUUGGAGCCCGAAGGGAUGGUAGGCCAUUCUGUGGGAGAGUUGGGAUGUGCAUACGCCGAUAACUGUCUGACUCUUGAGCAAGCCAUUUUAGCUGCGCACGCACGUGGUAGAGCGUCACAGGAAUCAACUCUGAUCAAAGGGAUGAUGGCUGCUGUCGGAAUGGGUCAUAAUGAUAUCGUAAAUCAACUACCGGAAUCCAUUGAUGUUGCCUGUCGGAAUUCGAGCUCAAGUUGCACAUUAUCUGGACCUGCGGAGGACGUCAAAAAAUUCGUCUCCGAAUUGUCUGCUAAUGGCGUUUUUGCAAAGGGUGUGAACGUUGCAAACAUCGCAUACCACUCUCGAUACAUACAACCUGCCGGACCAAUCUUACUCAAAUACUUGAAGGAGGCCAUUCCGGAGAACACAAAAAGGUCAGGUAAAUGGAUCAGCAGUUCUAUUCCGGAGAAAGACUGGGAUUCAGAAUUGGCCACCUAUUGCUCUCCGGAGUACCUCACCAAUAACCUGCUGAGCCCCGUUCUCUUCGAGGAUGCUAUCAAGUCGAUACCGUCAGACGCAGUUUUAAUCGAGAUCGCACCCCACGGUUUGCUCCAGGCCAUCCUCAAACGCGCCAUGACAAAAAAAGCCACCAAUGUUCCACUCACUCAUAGAUCUAGUGAAGACGGUGUCAAAUUUCUCUUAGAAGCUAUCGGACAGUAA